AACUCACAGUAGAAUAUGAAGCAAAGGCAUUAGCCAUGACUUCUGAAAGCCCUAGUCUCAAAUCUUCAGUUUAUCUGGAGGACAUGGAAGAGCUUGAAAGGGUAUUCAAUCAAUUUAAUGUGAAUGGUGACGGAAAGAUCUUAUCCAUAGAGCUUGGCAACAUUCUCAAUGCCCUAGGCUCUGAAACUUCUCCGGAGGAAAUCCACCGCAUGAUGAAAGAGAUCGACACCGAUGGAGAUGGCUACAUCGAUCUCAAAGAAUUUUCUGAUUUCCACCAUGGAAGUUCCAACGGUGAUUCGAACACUGGUAAUGGAAUGAAAGAGCUGAAAGAUGCUUUUGAUAUGUACAAUUGGGAUCAGAACGGAUUGAUAUCGGUAAAUAAGCUUCAUAUGGUGUUGAAGAGCUUGAGGGGGAAGUGUUCCAUCCAAGAUUGCUCCAAGAUGAUCAGCUCUGUCGAUGCCGAUGGCGAUGGAAAUGUCAAUUUUGAAGAAUUCAAGACGAUAAUGACAAACAACAAGGCUUCGGCUCACUAGAUGU